AUGGACCCAUUGUUGAACUACGAUCAUGCUGUUGGCCAUGGUUUGGCAUCUUCUGAUCAGGAACAAAAAAGACAGCAACAGAAUGAUAAAAAGACCAAAAGAAAGGAGCAACGUGCAGUAAAACAGCAACAGCCUCAGCAGUCCAUGCAACCACCAGCUAUGCAGCAACCUAUGUUUGUUCCGCAGUUUCCAUACUAUCCGAUGCAUCAACAAAUACCCUCUCCGAUGAAUGUUCAUAUGGCUUGGUCAUCUCAUGUUGCACCAAAUGGGACGACUUACUAUUACAAUAGUGUGACUCGUGAAAGCACCUGGAAAGCACCUCCCAUCAUGCCUGUUGAGCCUAAUCAGUCUGGUAAUGACCAACAACAGGACGAGCCAUUGAAUUACACUGAUACUAAAUCCGAUGUUAUUCCAGACAGUUUUAAUAAUAAUACUGAUUCAAAUAACCUCGAAAAGUCAAAUAUCACUUUAUCACCUAAACUGCCCAAGCAAGAUCUGGAAAUCAGUUCAGACAAUAGUUUGGAUUCAGAUGAUAAAUCUGAAGAUCAAGAUUCAAACGAUGAUUCUAACUCGGAUUCAAGCGAGGAAAAUGAUCAGACUAUGUCAGAGCGUGCCAUUGCCAUGAAGGUGAUUCCAGAUACCAGCUGGGCGAUCGUGCUUACCAACAUGAAUCACGAAUUUUACUUUGAACAAGAGUCCAACGCAGUAUCUUGGGACAUGCCCGAGAAAGUUGUGAAUAUUAUUGGCGAGCUUUUAGCUGAUGCUAUGAAUGUAAAUUUGGAUGAGUAUGCUGAAUCAGAGGCAAAGGAUGAUGACGAUCAAGAUGGCUUACAGUAUGCUCAAGAUGAUGUCCAACUGGAUCAGUCAGAGCUAUUAGAUGCUAAAAAUCAAAUCAACUCUUUAAAACGAACCGCAGAUACAGCAUCUUUUGACCCAACUGACUUUGAACCAGCACAGCAGAUGCCACGCACCACCCAGGAUUUUUUAGAAACUGAAAAUUUGCAAUCUACUUCCAAUGAGCCAAUCUCACCAGAAUUGACACACGCAGAUCGUUUGCAGAGUUUUAAUGAAAUGUUAAAGGAAAUCAACCCUUCGCCAUUUGCAACUUGGGAGUCAGAGGAGACUAAAAUGUGCAACGAUCUUCGAUUUAAAUUAAUUUCAAAUCCCAAAGAAAGGCGAAAGUUAUUUGACAAAUAUUGUGAAAUCCAUGCAACUGCGGCUACAAAGGAAGCUGUUGCUGCAACCAAAGAUGCUCGACAGAUAUAUAUGGGUUUGUUGGAGACAGAAACAACUAUACGAUCAAAAUUCAGCGAUCUAAGUCGUAAAUUUAAACGAGAUCCUCGGUUUACUAAACUCACAAGUACUUACGAACGAGAGUCACUUUUUAAUGCGCAUAUGGAUAAGCUUAAAGAGCGACAGGCUAAACGUCGACAAGAAGAGUCGAAUAAUAUAAAAAGUCACUAUAUUGAUAUGCUCAAGGAAACAAAAUGGAUCAAUUCACGAACAUCAUGGUCGGAUGUAUGCCAAAGUCUUGGUUCUGAUAAACGGUUUUGUGCUGUUUCCUCGCCAAUUCAUCGUGAAACUUGGUUUAGAACUUUUAUUUCUAGCCUGUCUACUUCAUUGCAAUCUAAAUGUGAUGAUCAGACUGCAAGUAUUCGAGAAAGAGAAGAACAGGUUCGCAUUGAACGGUCUACUCAGCAGCGUAAAGCAAGAGCUCAAUUGGAUCAGCUUCAACAUGACGAGGCAGUUGUACGAUUUCAAUCUUUGCUUAUAGACAGUGUCAAAAAACACUCGAUCAAGUUUGAAGAUAUUGAAAAGAGUUUAGAAAAAGAUUCUCGUUACCCACAUCGACUGGAUCUUACUGAUCGUAAAUCUGUAUUUGAAAAGCACACUGAUAUGUUGUUUGAAAAGCGUUUAGCAGCGUUUCACUCGCUGUUGGAUACAGUCACCAAAUUGACUUCAACCUAUGCUGAUCUGGCAUCUUUUUUGAACACAGAUGCAAGAACUAUUCAGCUUGAAGUUGAAUCUGAUUUGGCUCUUGAGCAGAUUUUCAAUUCUUAUAUGGCUAAGAAGCGUAAAGAUGCCAAUGCUGCACUUGAGGUAUCUUUCUCCAAGAAUGCGUUCAUUGACUUUCAUGUUCGUGCUGCUAUACAAAGUGCAAUUGUAGAAGCUGUAGAAAAGGGACUUAAAGAGCCUGCCGAGGGAGAUGAAUGGCGAUGGAUUUCAUUACAUGAGAUCAAGCAAGUAAUGCAAUCGGAACGAACAUGGCUUGUAUUUGAUGCGUUUCCGCUUGAGCGAGAUCGUAUGCUCAUGAAGUAUGUGAAGCAAGUUGCAAAGAGGGUAAGGGAUGAAAAGGGCGGUACUAAAGACAGAGUUGUUGCUAGUUUUGCAUACAUGGAUAGCAAUGAGCAGAAGCAACCUGUCAAGCAUAAAAAGAAAAAUCCUUUGAAUCCUUUGGCCAAAAAGUACGGUCAUCAUGUUUACAAAAAGACAAAGGAGUCUAAAAGUGAUUUAAAGCGGAGCAUCCGAGAUAACGAGAGAUCUCUCAAGCGCAACUUGUCAGCAACACAACGCCAAGAGUUGGAGAGACGGGCAAAGGCACUUCAACUCAAACUAAAGGAAAAGGGUCAGGAAGAAAUCGAGUCUAGACUGUAUGAGCAGUAUAAAUAUGUUCGAUUCGUCGAAACCAAAAAACUGCAUCGAAAGAUUACUCAAACAACAAAGCAAAUUGAAGUUCUGAGCAGUGAGGGUAAAGAUAAUAGCAAACUACAGUCAUCGCUGGAAAGCCUCAAGAUGCAGCUGCUCUAUGUUUCACAUUACCCUUGUGACACCAAGUAUAUUUCUCUUUUUCCAAAAGAGCCGUCUGCACCAGAAUCGCAUACUGCAGUUCUUCAAAAACAAAUCAUGGACAAGAUCCAGCAGGCACAUGAAGCAGGACUACUUGAAAAGGGAUAUUUACUUCGCAUGAACAAUGACCAAGACAGUGACACAUUGAAUGAAACUAAUGCUACAGCAGACAAAGAGAAAAAACAGAUACCAAGCACAGAUCUCGAAGAGCUGGGUAAAGAUGUUCACGAGAGCAAGUCCAAAUCUGGAAAGAAAUACAAAAAGCAAAAAACUAUAUCUACUGCAGAAAAGCCCGACGAAUUUUUUGUAAAUUGA